AUGACCAAAAUCUCAUACACUAAGAUGGUUGUUGUGUUUAAGCAAAAGGGCGAUUUAGAAUUCUGGACGAACCCCACCCCCGAGACUUUGGUCAAAGAAUGCAUUGACCCUUACAUGAGGCCAUGUGCCGACCACGCAACAAAGACCAUCAGGUUCACUUAUGAGAAAGAGAAUGAUAAUGCGCAGAUAAUGAAGGCCGAGAUAUGGCCAACGUUCCAUAGGUUGCAGAUGUUUAAUGACUGGGAGGUCUCUGAAAUAACUGCCUUUCGCAAAGAUGGGAAAACUGAGACCCUCAGUUCUUGA